UGAUAUCAGUUUAGUUUGAAAAUGAAUUUCUUUUCUCCAAUAAAUCAACUGAUUGCAAUAAUUGUUAUCUGUUUGAUUAACUUUCCAUUGAUUGUUUUUUCACUUUCAUGGUCUAAUUGUGAAUCAGAUAAUCCAAUUCUUACCUUCAACUCGUUAACAAUUGAAGGUGAUCCCAUUGUAAUCGGUGAUCCUGUUAAACCAUUGAAAGUAUCUUUAGAUGUAAAUCUAACAAAACCAAUCGAUGAUCAGUUAAUUGUUAAAAUCUCAAUUAGCAAAGUAUUUACGAUAUUCGGUAAGCGAUUAACUUUACCCAGUUUCCCCUGUAUCAAAGGCUAUGGUUCCUGUGAACGUAAUCUAUGUGAUUUUUUGACCAGCGAUGAAAAUAGUUUCGGGUGUCCGUUAAUUAGAUCACUCGAUCGACCCUGUUUGUGUCCCAUUGAUCCUGGCCAGUUAAUUGUCAACGAUUUCAAUGGUCACAUUGACUUGUCCAAUGUUCCCAAGAUGCUCCUUUGGUUGUCAUCUGGUGAUUAUAAUGUUAAUAUUGUGAUUAAUAGGGAUGACCAGUCAGUGACCUGCCUUGAUUUGGAUUUGGAUCUUGAGAUGACCAAUAUUUCCCAUGAGGAAGAUAAUUUGAAAAUGUAUUUAAAACUUGUAACUUUUUUCUUAAUUGUCUCAAUUGUUUCAUCUGAUCCAAUUUCAUACACUGAAUGUGACAUCGAAACCAACAUCGGUAAAUUGGACUCUCUUGUAGUCCCUGGUGAUCCAAUUGUCGUUGGUACCUCACAUCCCGUUGAUCUUUCCCUAUCUGGAAGCAUUGACUCUGCCGUUAACGACGAUGUUGAUCUGGUUCUUAAAAUCGAGAAGCAAAUCUCCGUUUUCGGGAUCAAAAAGUGGAUCUCAGUUCCUUGUAUCGAUGAUUAUGGUUCGUGUACACAGAAAUUGAUUGAUUAUGUUACUCGUUACAACGAAACUUUUGUCUGCAAAUUACUGACCCAAAUGGGCAAACCCUGUUCGAUGCCCUUUUUACCUGGACAAUAUUCAGUAUCUAAUUUCAUAAUUCCAGUUAAUUUAUCCAAAAUUCCCCAGGCAAUUUUGUCUCUUGCAAAUGGUAAAAUCAAAGUUCAUUUGGAAAUCAAAAAUGAUUCUGUUCUCUAUUGUGUUGAUGUAGUUAUUGAUCUUGAUCUUGAAUCAAAUACUGAUGAUGGUAAACUAAUUGUUGAUGAAACUAAUCAUUCUGAAAAUGAUCAACAAGCUGACGAUUUAUCUUCACAAUAUGGUGGAUGGGCUGAUUUCAAUCCCUUCUGGAAUGAUUAGAUAAUUGUAAACUUUUUUUCGUUUUGUUCAAUUUAAAACUUUACAAAUGAUUUGAACCAAAUUAAAGUUAACAGAUUCAACGAUUA